ACGGACUCCUCGCAGCCAAAGCUCCAGCCCCCAAGGCUCGAGGAGCGGGGCUCUUCUCCGCCAACUCUGUCCUCACGGGGGUCGGGACCCCAGCCGAGAUCACAGAGCGGCAGGAGCGGGGGUGGGCGCUGGAGACAGUUGAAGUAAAAAGAGGAAACUGAGAAGUCAGCGCUGCCGGAGGGGGCGACUGUGUGGAUGGGAUGGGGACGCCGGGGGAGGGGCUGGGCCGCUGCUCCCACGCCCUAAUCCGCGGGGUCCCGGAGAGCCUGGCGUCCGGGGAGGGUGCGGGGGCUGGCCUCCCUGCCCUGGACCUGGCUAAAGCACAGAGGGAGCACGGGGUGCUGGGGGGUAAGUUGAGGCAGCGAUUGGGGCUUCAGCUGCUAGAACUGCCUCCUGAAGAGUCGCUGCCGCUGGGACCGCUGCUCGGCGACACCGCGGUGAUCCAGGGGGACACGGCCCUGAUCACGCGGCCCUGGAGUCCUGCCCGCAGGCCAGAGGUGGAUGGAGUCCGCAAAGCCCUCCAGGACCUGGGGCUCCGGAUUGUGGAGAUGGCGGACGAGAACGCGACGCUGGAUGGCACUGAUGUCCUCUUCACGGGCCGGGAGUUUUUCGUGGGCCUCUCCAAGUGGACCAACCACCGAGGAGCCGAGAUCGUGGCCGACACAUUCCGGGACUUCGCCGUCUCCACAGUGCCGGUCUCCAGCCCCUGCCACCUGCGCAGCUUCUGCGGCAUGGGGGGUCCCCGCACGGUGGUGGCGGGCAGCAGCGACGCUGCCCAGAAGGCGGUCCGGGCCAUGGCGGUGCUGACGGACCACCCCUACGCCUCCCUGACCCUCCCAGAUGAUGCAGCCGCUGACUGUCUCUUUCUGCGUCCUGGGUUGCCUGGUGUGCCCCCUUUCCUCCUGCACCGUGGAGGGGGGGACCUGCCCAACAGCCAGGAGGCACUGCAGAAGCUCUCUGAUGUCACCCUGGUCCCUGUGUCCUGCUCUGAACUGGAGAAGGCAGGAGCUGGACUCAGCUCCCUCUGCCUGGUACUCAGCACACGCCCCCACAGUUGAGGGCCUGGCCUUGGGGUCUUGGCUGGUCAGGGAUAGGGCAGUAUAGGGAGUAGCAGGGGAAGGAGGAUUAGACAAAGGAGGGUGAAUAGUGGGAACAGGGCCCCUAGGUAGGGGGAGGGCAUAGUGUGGGAAAAAGGAGAGAGGUCAUUGGGUGAGUCUUCUCUCCCAGAACUAAUAAAAUAGAACUGACCCUUC